UCAAUUAACAAACUCCUACCUACGACUCCUCCUCGUAUACAUCUAACGACUACUACGAACGAACCUAUUGAAUUGCUCUCAUCUCCAGUCUUCAUGGACAAUAUCUCAUCAUCAUCAGCUGCUUCUCAGUUUCGUCCCCAUCACUCUCCCUGGCUUCACAACACCUUAGCAGAGGUGGAUGCUAAGUUGAAGACAAUCAUGAAGCUGGUCGAGGACGACGGCGAAACAUUCGCGAAGAGAGCCGAAAUGUACUACCAAAACAAACCUCAACUCCUCGACCUCGUCCAAGACCUCCACAAAUCCUACACCGUCCUAGCCGAAAACCACGACCACCACCUCUCAACUCACCAUCACCAUCGCGUCCAAAACUCCGACACCGUCGUCGUCCUCCUCGAAACCGCCGCCGCCGACAAGGAACCCCCCUCGGACUCGCCCCCAAUCCUUAAAAACCCCGAAGAAGACUACAGCAUCGUUAAAGCCGCCUCCCCGGACAGCGAUGACGGCGGCGAAGCGGAGGAGGCGGCGUCGUUUUGGGACGCGAUGAAGGUCGUGAGGGAUAACGAGAGCGUUUUGGCGUCGUUUUUGAGGAAGUACGAGGAACAGCGGGCGGAGAUUGGGAGGCUGAAGAGUGAGAUUAGGGUUACGAGGCGUUUGCUUGAUGUGGAGAGAGCUGAGAAGCAGCAGGGAAGGGGGAAAGGGGGUUCCAAAUUUAAGAAAGCUUUUCGUAGAUUGCUUUGUUAAUUAAGUUACAGGGAUUUUUUAAUGCUCAGUACUUUUUUUUUUAAAUGUGUAUAAACUGUGUUUAGUUGAUUUUUAAUUAUU